AUGCCCGAAUCAAGCGGUCCGGAGUUUGUGGGAGAUGUCUCUGAAGAGGAAAUCGUAGCGGUCGACGAGCUUUCCGAUGCGGAAUCCGUGUAUGAGGACGUCGUGCCGCAGCAGAAGGUUGAGAUUGACAACAAGAUCGCACUCGAGCGGAUACGGGACACAAUCAAGCUACCCUCAGCCCUUCCCUGGACAGAAACAUUGGUCGUGACCUACCCAGAGACAAUCACCGUCGACGUCGACGAUGAUCUGAAUCGAGAGCUCGCCUUCUACAAGCAAGCGCUCCACAGCGCCCAGCUCGCAAAAUCCCUCGCCGCAAAACACAACCUCCCCUUCACGCGCCCGCCUGACUACUUCGCCGAGAUGGUCAAGUCCGACGCGCACAUGGAGCGCAUCCGGCAGCGGCUGCUCGACGAGGGCGCGACGAUUAAGCGGAGCGAGGAGAAGCGGAAGGAGCGGGAGGGCAAGAAGUACGGCAAGCAGGUGCAGAUGGAGAAGCUGCAGGAGCGCGAGCGCAGCAAGAAGGACAUGGAGGAGCGGCUCAAGGGGCUCAAGCGAAAACGCAAGGGCGCCCUCGACAACCCGCAGGGCGACGACGACAACUUCGACGUCGCAGUAGAAGAUGCCAUUUCCGACCGCCCCGCCAAACGUGCGAAGGGGGCUGGGCCGGGGGGCAAGAAGAUUCCCCGGCAAGCACGGGAUCAGAAGUUUGGCUUUGGUGGGCCGAGGAAACACUCGAAGCAGAACACCAAGUCGUCGACGGAUAGCUUCGACGCGGGCAGUGCAGGUCGCGGGAAGGCGAAGGGCGGGAAGAGCGCAAAAGGCGCUGCGAAGAGACCUGGCAAGGGCAGACGGAUGGCUGCUCGUAGUCGGUCGUAG